AUGUCAUCAAAUCAAAUCCCAACAUUACAUUAUUUCAAUGGACGUGGAAGAGCUGAAACCAGUAGAGUUCUACUGACUUUGGCGAAUGUCGAAUUCAACGACGUCAGAAACACACUGCCAUUUGCCGACGAUGGAAUCAAACAAAAGGCAACCUAUAAACAGCUGCCAUACUACAUCGACGGUGAUUUCGAAGUUUCACAAUCGCUGGCAAUCGAAAACUACAUUGCCAACAAAUAUAAUCUGGCAGGUGAUAGUCUGACCGACAAAGCUAAGGUACUCUCGAUUCAACAAGCAUCCUACGAUAUUUCCAUUCCAAUCUUUACGAACGACACCGAUGAGAAGAAAGAGUUGUACAAGAAUGAAACAUUGCCACGAUUCCUAGCUGCCUGGGAGAAGAUCUUGUUGGAUAACGGUGGAAAGUAUUUCGUUGGCACUCGAUUGAGUGCAGCAGAUAGAGAGUUAAAUAUGUCUAAAAAGAAAUACUUUUUGAUGAAAGGAGAUGAUUAUGAAGAUGAAGUGGAGUAUAAGGAUGAUCAUUUAGAUAGUAGUACUGAUAUUCUGUUGAGUAACAACAACAGUAGUGGUGGUAGUUCGAAUAAAAGAUCAGAUUCACCUGUAGUAUUACAUUUCGAUCAUGACGAUGACGACGAUGAAGAUGGAGAUCAUCACAAUGACGAAACACAAGAGAUUGAUUUAAAUGAAGAUCGUAAUCAUUCAAGUAAUAAUCAUAGUAACAACAACAACAACAACAACAUGACAAUUAUAAACUUUUCAGAUAAUAAUGAUCCAUUCUCGGCCAACUCUACUCUACAGACUUCAUCAACACCCUAUUCAACAUCACUCUCAAAUUGGAGAAAUAUAAUACGUAAUUAUAGAAUUGUAAAUAAUAAUAAUAACAAUAAUAGUAAUAAUACAAAUACAAAUGCAACAAAUACAACAACAUCGACUUAUUCUACACCAACAGCUACUACUACUACAACGACAACACCAACAACACCACCAACGACAACUACAACAAAUAGUCACUUUCCAUUUCCAACACCAGCAAGAUGGGAGAAUUCUCAUUUGAAAGAUAAAGAUACUAUUAUAAUUAAGCAGCCGAAUGGACGUAUCUCAUUGGGUCUGAAUGAAAAGAAGUUCUAUCAUCAUCUUCGUACUGGAGAGCAUGACCCGAACGGUCUGUACAUGGGACUGGCAGAUCCUGACAUCCUACUGCAACACUACAACCAAAAUGGAAAUAACAGUAAUCAAAACGAUAUCUAUAUCAACGAAUUCGAUGGUUUCAUUCAUUCCGGUAAUUUUGAAAGUUAUAGAAGAAAGAAAUUCCUGAUAUCUUUAAUCACAUGUGAGAUAUUUUAUAGUGCAUUGUUGAUGGCAGAGGUAUUAAGUUUCAAUCCGGCGAUGCUCAUGUUGAUUCUUGUCAUCAUUUGUAAUAUAAUAGGAUUGUUCUCGCUGACAAGAAACAAAACCAGAAUUUUCAACGUAUUCCUAAUGUUUAAUGUCCUAACCAUCAUCGGCCAGAUUCUAAUCAAAAUGUUUACACCGCUUUUCUUACUACGUCUUUUAACUCUCAUGAUUGGAAUAAGAGUUCGUCAUGAGAUGAUUCUUGAUUAUAUCAAUAACAAAUUAACAUAUUACAAUUAA